AAUAGUAAAAUGUAUUAAAAAUAGGCAACACUUUCCCUGGACACUCGCUACGCACAGCCGCCUUGCGCACACACCCCAUCGCCGGUAGCAACUGUCCGCCACCGCGCACCAUUUCUUCCGACGUUCCUCCUCAACAGUUCGGAUAAGGCAAAAUGCUUCUGUCCUCAAUACGCAGAAAAUUCGCAAGGGGAGUGUGGCCCAUUCGAACGCUCUCUUCAAACGCUGAAAUGAAAGAGUUUUUGGAUUACUUAGAUUCGCUAAAAAAUUUCGAGAAAUCAGGAGUGCCCAGAGGUGCCGGCACCGAUUCAGACGAGGGUUUCGAUCUGGGUAGAAUGAGACGCCUCAUGGAGCGUUUCGGUAAUCCUCACACCAAGUUCAAGGCGGUUCAUAUUGCUGGGACUAAGGGAAAGGGAUCAACAGCUGCGUUUAUAUCUAAUAUUCUGAGGACGGAAGGUUAUUCUGUUGGUUGUUACACUAGUCCACAUAUCCUGACCAUCAGGGAGCGUAUUUUGCUUGGAAGAUCUGGCCAUCCAGUGUCGGCAAAGUUGUUGAAUGAUCUCUUUCACAGGAUCAAGCAGGAACUUGAGCAGGCAAUGAAAGAGGAAAAUGGUUGCAUAAGCCACUUCGAGGUUUUCACCGCAAUGGCAUAUAUCUUAUUUGCUGAUGAGAAUGUUGACAUUGCUGUUAUUGAGGCUGGGUUAGGGGGUGCACGAGAUGCAACAAAUAUCAUAUCCAGCUCUGGACUAGCUGCAGCAGUCAUAACUACUGUAGAUGAGGAACAUUUGGCAGCUCUUGGGGGUUCUUUGGAAACAAUUGCAAUGGCAAAAGCAGGAAUCAUAAAACAAGGCUGCCCAUUGGUGUUGGGUGGGCCAUUUGUUCCUCAUAUUGAGCGCAUUAUUCGAGAUAAAGCAGCAACCAUGGAAUCACCUGUUGUGUCAGCAUAUGAUACUAGGAAUAGGUUUACUGUGAAAAGUUGCAGCAUACUCAAUGGAAGGCCUUGUCAAAUUUGUGAUAUAGUGAUACAAGUUGGGCAAGACUUGAAGAUGUCUUGUAAGUUACAUGAUGUGAAGUUGAAAAUGCUUGGAGAUCACCAACUUCAAAAUGCAGCUACUGCUACUUGUGUGGCUCUUUGUCUUCGUAAUUUAGGAUGGAGUAUUUCUGAAGAAUCUAUUAGGUCUGGUUUAGAGCAUACACACCUCCUUGGAAGGAGUCAAUUUCUAUCAUCUGAAGAAGCAGAGGUAUUAGGACUUACUGGAGCAACAGUAUUACUUGAUGGAGCUCAUACCAAAGAAUCCGCCAAAGCUCUGAUGAAUACAAUUAAGACAGCAUUUCCCAAGGCUCGAUUGGUUUUUGUUGUUGCAAUGGCAAGUGACAAAGACCAUGUGGGUUUUGCUCGAGAGAUUCUCUCAGGUGGGCAUGUGGAGACUGUCCUUUUGACAGAAGCUGCUAUUGCUGGAGGUGGAACUAGAACAACACCAGCAUCUUUAUUGAAAGAUUCUUGGAUUAAAGCUUCUGAUGAGCUUGGCAUUGAGAUAUUUCCUGAUGGAAUGGCAGAAUAUGAUGAAUUAAUAAAUGAAGAGCAAGUAGGAUCUGAAAGCAAUUUGGUUGAUGGUAUGACCAUAUUGUCUACCGAGUCAUCUUUAAAGAGUUGUUUGGGAGCUGCAAAUAAGAUUCUAACCAGAAGAGGGGAAGAGGAGAAGGGUGUUAUUGUCUUCACUGGAUCUCUGCAUAUUGCAGCUUCAGUCUUAGCCUCUCUUGCUGGUUAAUGGGUUUUAUAGUGAAGCUACUGAAGCAGAAUAUUUAGAUGUGAUUGUGUUUCGAAUGUAAUUUUCUGAACCUUUAGAAUUUAAAUUUACAUUUGGGUUUUAGUGAUUGCUGGAUUAGUCAAC